AUGUCUCCCUACAACCAGGGCAUUACUAGAGUAAAUAACCAGCCAACGGUUAAUAAUUUGCCUCUGACGUUGAAUAUUCUUGAAUCCGUCGCCAUAGGAACGGUGGUUUUCACAUUAGACGUGACGGAGCAUGACGCAGAUGACAUACUGAAUUACGUCAUCACAUACUCGCCAGCCUCUGCAGCAGCUAAGUUCCAGUUUGACACUAGCACAAAACAGUUGAUGUUGGUACAAGGUCUCGAUUACGAGUCAGGAAUCAUUCAAUACACUUUUGGAUAUACUGUUGACGAUGGGUCCUUGACCGCUGGCCCUUCGACCUUGACUAUCAAUGUCAUUAACGAUAACGAGGCUCCCGUUAUUGCUAAUGAGAUGUAUUAUAUUACCGAAAGUGAGAAUCAGAACAUCGGAUCUAUCCUGUCCAUCACAAGUGCAGACUUAAUCGUAACAGAUCCUGAUAUCGGUGACUCUUUGACCUAUUCAAUAGCUUCCGGUGAUCCCCUAGAACACUUUACAAUUGAUGCCACUUCCGGAAUACUGACGUUUGCUGUUAGAUAUGAUAUCGAUGAGGGUCGGAUGCCAGCAGUGGUUAAUUUGACCAUUAGAGUGGCCGACAAAGGUGGACUGUCAGCAACAGCCAUGAUACAAGUCACUCUUACCGAUAGCAAUGAUAACCGACCUUAUUUCAUCUCAGACACUUUCGAAGCUAACAUCCCAAAUGACUAUCCGGUGAGGUCUAGUAUAAUGUCUGUCUCGGCUGUUGAUAUUGACUAUACCUACAAUGAAAUCCAGUAUUCACUUAUAGACGGGGAUCUCCAGUACUUCGCUGUAAAUGAGGAAGGGUGGAUUUAUCUUACCAAAUCUGUCGCUGAGUUUUAUAACUACACGACGCUGUCCGCAAACUCUAAUGGCCACUAUGUAUACGCGUCCGCUUAUAUACUUGUCAGCCCAGCACUUGAAGACAGUUUUUUUAAUCACACGGGGAAUAUACUCUGGUUCACUGCAUGUGUUGUAGCUGUGGUACUUAUCGUCAUUCUAUGUCUGAUAAUGACAUAUCGCUACUUCCGGUAUGGAUAUGCCUGCUCGCCAAAGAAAUGGUCGCUUGAAUGCGCCCAACUAAGACGUGCAUGGCAAGGUUUUAAACAAAAACUACACGAGGGUGCAAAUACGUGCCGCGCUAAAUGGAAAGCAUGGCGAGCAUCAAGGAAGCAUAGGAAAGAAAUAUCAAAACCAAAGAAGGUUGUAUUUUCAUCUGAGAAAGUGCCAAAGACAGCGCCACCUGAAUCUAAAGGACGAUGUAACGGGUUUUACAGAAGACUCUUGUCAUGCUUACAAAAGCGGAAAAGACCUGUCGAAAGAAUACAGGUAGCACGGGUAACAGUGUCUGAACGGAACGGAUGGAACUUGAGGUCACAGUAUGCAGGCUACGUAUGA